GACAUCGCAGUGACCGUUCUCUGCUAGCUUGAGGCACUCGAGCGCCAUGUCUUCAGAGUCUGAUUUGGCUGCAUGCCACAGUCGUUGCUCUGGGGAUGCGCCAUCUGUCGCUGGCUCGGGAGCUGGCGGCGGCGGUGCUUUGCGAGCUCGAGGCGGAGGUGGGGGAGCGUCCAUUGAGGGCCUUGCAAGGUCGAGCGUGCCGCCGCGUGGCAGUCGAGUCGAGUGACCGUGGCAACGGCAGUGCGCUUGCGUGCCCCAAACUUUUUCCUCUCGCUGUGAGCAGCUGUCGAACAGGAACAUGUCGACCGCUAUGCCUGCUACAGUGGGCGUUGCUGCAGGUGCACCCAUCGAUCCUGCGACGGCAUCAAAAACGGAGGAUCUGAGGGAAGGAGAGGUGUCUGCGAGCGCAGUGCAGGGCAAGGAGACGAAUACAAAAUCGACUGGAGCAGAGAACUCGGAUGUGAUCGACGAGAAGACCGUCAAGGCUGCAGAGGGCACGGCAGACGAUCGUACGACUGAGAUCAAUGGGCAUGCUAGCACGAGCGCAGAGGCUAGCACGAGCUCGGCACCUGAGAGAGACCCCGAGUCACAAGAAGUCAAGAUGGUCGAGCAAAUCGAGUUCUACUUGUCCGACUCGAAUCUACCGUAUGACAGACACAUGUUCAUCGAGACCCAAAAGACGCUCAGCGAGGACGAGCAGCACGCUCGACCAGGCACGGGCUGGGUCUCCAUCGCUCACUUCUUCUCCUUCAGCCGAAUGCGAGCCUACAAGACUCUCUUCGCCGAUCGGGAGGACCGCGCUGCAUGCGUUGCCCAAUCGUUCCGUACCUAUUCUGCCGAGGCACUCGAGGUUUCAGAGGACAAUGUCAACAUCAGACGUCGCAAGUCGAUCCUAGAGGGUAAUCCGACCAAACCUGUCGAAAGAUCGAUCUACAUCAAGGGCUUCCCGACGGACAAACAGAGCAAGGCCGACUUGGAAGCACUUCAGAUCCAGCUUGAGAAAUGGGUCCAGGCCCAACUCGAUGGCAAGGGCAAAGUGUUGGCUGUACGAAUGCGCAGAAAGAAGGAAGCAGGGUCCGGCGACGUUUUCAAAGGCUCUGUCUUUGCUGAAUGCGCAACCGUUGACACUGCCAAGGCUUUCCUUGCACUCGACCCACAGCCUACUUUCCCGGAACAAUCGGAGCCGGUCGUCAGCAUGUUCAAACAGGCUUACAUGGACAUGAAGAACGCCGAAAAGAACAUCGAUCCCACCGUCGAUCGAACUCGUCCUGCCCCGGGCACAUUCUCUGGCAAAGGCUUCAACGCCUUUGUAGAACUCCGCGCGGCUGCAAAGGCCAGGAAGGCUAGCCCAGCUAAAGGCAACAAAGCUGAAGCUCUUCCCGAACGAGCGAUUUUUCUGGAUGGCCAGCGUAUCGCAUUCGACGAGCAAGGAAAGCUCGUCGAAGCUGACGAGCUUACUUUUCGAAAGCAUGCCGUCCUUCGCUUUACCGGUCUUUCCGAUCCUCGCGAAAACCGAAUGCUCAGCCGCUUCAAGGCAAGCGCCGAAGCUCUGGAGCACCCGCGUGAAGCAGUCGCCGCAAAGUUAGCCGACAAGGAGUCUUCGGAGAGACGUGGGCCGAUCGGCUUCGUCGAGCUACCGCAGGAUAGCGAGGAGGCGGGCACGAUCAACUUUACUCGUAGUCUGACGGAAGACGAAAUCAGAUCGCUCGUGACAGACGGCAUCGAAGUCAAUGAGAACAAGAUUGUGUUUGAGCAAAUGACGGCAGAAGCAGAGCGGACGCAUCAUAUCAAUCGUGCUACGGAUCGUGCACUCGAAGCGCUCCAUGAUCCCUCAAAGCGUGCAGAUGCUCCUCGAGAAUACCGAGACGGACGCUCUUCUGAUCGUGGCAGAGGCGGCAAGUCGCGCGGAGGAGGUCGAGGUGGCAGCCGCGGUGGAAAGAACGAUCGUGGGAACAGACGUGACGAUAGGAAGAGAGCGGCAGAGACCGAUACGACCCUAGGGAAGAGCCUACUGCUCCUCCCAUCGUCGAGCGCGCUGACAAAAAGGCAAAGGCAACGGCCUGAGGCCACAAUUUGCAUUUCUCAGUGCGCACGAGAGGGAACGUUCGUUCCGAGAGCGGCCAGUGUUCCCGAAUUCAUGUUGCAGACGUACAAAUCGACGUUGUACAAUUGCAGCCAGCAUGCCUGCUAG